AUGCAAAUAUCUCUACAACAUUUACACUUGGGCAUUUGCAGCAUCAACAUCUAUCUAUCUAUCUAUCUAUCUAUCUAUCUAUCUAUCUAUCUAUCUAUAUAUAUAUAUAUAUAUAUCCACUCUCUGUCUCUUUCUCUCUUUCAUCCAUUCUGUCUCUAUUUUAUUAGUUUCUACAUUGUCCAUCUUUCUUCUCAUUGGCUCUUUCUUUUUUUCUCUCUGUACUUCUACUUUUCUCUCUUUCAUCUCAUUCUCUCUCUCUCUUUUUCUCUCUUUAAUCUCAUUCUCUUUCUCUUUUUCUCUCUUUCAUCUCAUUCUCCCCCUCUUUUUAUUUCUUUCAUCUCAUUCACUCUCACUUUUCUCUCUUUCAUCUCAUUCUCCCUAUCUUCUUUUUCUCUCUUUCAUUUCAUUCCCUCUCUUCCUCUCCUUUUUCACUCUUUAAUCUCAUUCUUUCUUUCUCUCUUUCAUCUUAUUCUCUCUUUUUCUCUCUUUUAUCUCAUUCUCUCUCUCUUUUUCUCUCUCACAUCUCAUUCUCUCUUUUAUCUCAUUCUCCCUCUCUUCUUUUUCUCUCUUUCAUUUCAUUCUCUCUCUCUUCUUUUUCUCUCUUUAAUCUCAUUUUCUCUCUCUUUUUCUCUCUUUCAUCUCAUUCUUUCUUUUUUUUCUUUCUUCAUUCUCUCUCAUUUUUUCUCUCUUUCAUUUUUUCUCUCCUUUCAUUUCUUUCAUCUCAUUUUCUCUCUUUCAUUUCAUUUUCUCUCUCUUCUCUUUCUCUCUUUAAUCUCAUUCUCCCUCUCCUUUUCUCUCCUUAAUCUCAUUCUCUCUCUCCCCAUUUUCUCUCUUUAA